AUGUUAGCCUUGCAGGCUUAUGAUGAUGAUGAUGAUCAAACCAAUACUACUGAUAAUGACAACGAACAAAUAAUGCCCACUACUACAAAUUUUGAGGAUGAGAACAAGAUCACUGAUCCAUCAUUUUCUAUUAUGUCAAAAAUUAGACUCAAUUUAACUCCAGCUGUUAUUAUUCAACCUGAGAAUACCACAAAUUUUCUCGAUAUUAAAACCAAAUUAGUAACAUUUAAUCCAAAGUACGAAGAUAUGUACGCACCGGUUUUUGGUCCUGAAAAUCCACAUCUGAAUCAACAACAACGUGCGUUUAAAAAUAUGCUUAGUGGUCAUGUUGAAUCGGCCAGUGUCAGUGAUUUUCUCUUUGAAAAUCAACGUCGAACGUUUGACAGUUUUGGCUAUGCAGCUGAUCCGAGUGUUGAAACACAUACAACAACCCAUUUGGUUGGAGAUCUUAUUAAUGCAGAUAUUAAUGAAGGAGUGACGGUAUUUGAAGCAACAAGAAAACGUCUGGCAGAUAAACGUAAAAAGGAAAAAAAUUAUGAUUCAAGUGAUGUGGAAGGAUUUCGAGGACCGUGGGCACCGUUUGUCGAUGAAGUUAAAAUAUCACGACCAACAGAAGACGAACAAAAAGAAUUGGAUCAGCUAUUAUCAAAACGUAAAAAACGUGCUCGUAUUAAUGAACAAAAGGAUGAAGAAGAAGACAAUACAAAUAAGACCAUUUUACACAUUAAAGAUCCGUAUGAUUAUCAAGGACGAUCAUUUUUACACAUACCACAAGAUGUGGGAGUUAAUUUGAGAUCUGAUGAACCACCACAACGAUGUUUUAUACCCAAACAAUGUUUACAUACAUACAAAGGACAUACGAAAGGUGUUCAGAAAAUACAUUAUUUUCCUGUAUCAGCACAUUUGUUUUUAACAUGUUCAAUGGAUUGUAAGAUUAAAUUAUGGGAAUUUUACAAUGAACGUCGUUGUAUUCGAACAUACAUGGGUCAUAGUCAAGCUGUACGUGAUAUUAAUUUUAAUAAUCAUGGUACCGACUUUUUAUCAGCCUCUUAUGAUCGAUAUAUCAAAUUGUGGGAUACGGAAACAGGGCAAGUGAAAAGUAAAUUUACCACAAGAAAAAUUCCUUAUUGUGUGUCGUUCAAUCCCGAUCCACAUAAACAACAUUUAUUUGUGGCUGGAAUGUCGGAUAAAAAAAUUGUUUGUUUUGAUACCCGCAGUGGUAAUGUUGUCCAAGAAUAUGAUCGACAUUUAGGUGCAAUUAAUACGGUGACAUUUGUUGACAGAAAUCGUCGAAUUGUAUCGACAUCUGAUGAUAAAUCUAUACGUGUAUGGGAAUGGGAUAUACCGGUUGAUUUUAAAUAUUUAGCUGAUCCGACAAUGCAUUCUACACCAGCUGUUUCUUUAUCACGAAAUGGUAAAUAUCUUGCCUUUCAGUCAAUGGAUAAUCAAAUUAAAAUUAUGGAACCUGGCUCAAAUUUUCGAUGGAAGAAUAAAAAAGUGUUUAAAGGUCAUAUGGUUUCGGGUUAUGCAUGUGGUUUGGAUUUUUCACCUGAUAUGUCCUAUGUGAUUAGUGGUGAUGCUGAUGGACGAUUAAUUAUUUGGGAUUGGAAAACGACAAGAUUAUUUGAACGUAUUAAAGCACAUGAUGAUGUUUGUAUUGAUGUUAAGUGGCAUUGGCAUGAAAAAUCAAAAAUUUUAACAGCCGGAUGGGAUGGUGUCGUUAAACUAUGGGACUGA